AUGAAUAACGAGGAUUUUCGGAGGUUGAUUUUCGACUCGUCAUCCCAGUCAGGGGAUAAACCGAAACGCAAUGAAGGAACUCCGACCGCACUCGGAUCCAGCCGAUCGCGAUCGAGCUACACUCCCAUGACCCCUCGCUCUACAUCUACGAUCAAUUUCUCGCAGCAGCUAGCACAGCAGCGCGAAGCCAACCGACCCACUAAGCGAUUCAAAUCUGCCGCGGUGCCAAAGGGUACCAAACUUGCUGCUGGCUACCAAGAUCGCGCGCAACUGCGAAAUACCGAGGGAGAACAAAAAGAUGAUAUUCAAAAACGAAUCCAAGCACUGGAGGAAAUGGUGAAGCUAGGUCAGAUUGAUCAGCCAACAUUUGAGAAGCUUCGUGCGGAGCUCGGUGUUGGUGGUGACACCAGCAGCACACAUCUGGUUAAGGGCAUGGAUUGGGAGCUGUUACGGCGAGUCAAAGCUGGCGAGGAUGUUUCAAAAGCUGCGCAUAAGCCAGCUCCGGAGUCUACGGUAGAUGAAGUUGCCGAAGAUCCGGACGAGGCAUUUGAGCGUUUGAUGGAUGAGAAGGCCCAGGAAGAGAUUCAAGCUUUGCCUAAAGAACAAAGAGAGAAGAAGGGACAUAUGGCGCCUCCUCCACCGCCCAAGAAGACCCGCGAACAGAUUCUGAGUGAGCUCAGAGCUCGUUACGUCGAACCUACAACUGCACCCGCACCGCAGCGCGAGUUGACGCUCGGCUCCAAAUUUAAAAAGAUAGGCAGUUAUCAACCUGAGAAGAAACGUUUCAUUGAAUCUGACAAAACCGGCCGCCGACGCGAGGUGCUACUAAUCACGGACUCCGAUGGCAAGACGAAACGUAAGGUGCGGUGGCUGGACCCUGUUGUUGACCCUUCCGAAUCUAAAUCUGCACUACUCACGCCUGAUUUAAAUACCAAGCCUCUUAAUACAGAGGUUCCUACUAAAUCUGCUGCUCUUGAAGCCGCCAAUGUCUUGCAAGAUGACGAUCUGAAUAACAAUGACGAUGAUGAUGACAUUUUUGCCGAUGCGGGUACAACCUACAAUCCUCUUGCUGGCCUGGGGCAAGAGGAAGAUUCUUCAUCGGACGAAGAAGACAAAGAAGCCGGUACGGCCGCCAAGAAACAAAAGACGCCUCUCACCACGAAGAAACAAGACAAGGCUCCUGCCACAGACGACCCCCGUGAGGUAAUCAAGCCGCGCAAUUACUUUGAUACUGGCGAUUCUUCCACCGCCGAGGAGCCAGAAAAACAUUACAACCCUCUCAAUGACCCGGUUAUCCUCGCCGCAUUCAAACGAGCUGCGGCUCUGGAGAAAAUUCCGCCCUCCGAAGAAGAUAGCAUCUCAGCUGAGUCCUCUCUUCGACACAAGAAGUUUCUGGAGGAGGCGAAACGUCAGGAAGCUCUGGAUAAUGCGGAUAUGGAUUACGGUUUCGGUGGAAGUCGUGUCGAGGAUGGCGAAGAUGAUGAUCAACGUUUGUUAGACUUUGAUGAUAACGGCCCCAAGAAGCGCAAGCGCGGACCGAAAAAGAAGAAGGGCGAUAAGAAUAGUGCGGCAGAUGUAUUGGGUGUCCUUGACCGUCGAGCAAAAUCCUCUGCAUAG